AAACACAAUGAAACCUCCAGCACAGACUCAGUCUCCUCCCGUCAGCAGCAGCCUGGUGUUUGAAGGUGUUUACAACAACGCCCGCAUGCUUCACUUCCUCACAGCCGUCGUGGGCUCCACCUGCGACGUGAGAGUGAAAAACGGGGCUGUGUACGAGGGAAUCUUCAAGACUUUGAGCUCACAGUGUGAGCUGGCUGUGGACGCUGUUCAUAAAUGCAGUGACGGGGAUGGAGGUGGGGGAGGUGAGGAGGGAGGAGGAGGAGGAGGUCUGUCCUCUUCGCCAAAAAUUGAGGAGAUCACCGACACGAUGAUCUUCAGUCCGACCGACCUGGUCACCAUGACCUGCAGAGAUGUCGAUCUGAACUUCGCUGUCAGAGACGCGUUCACUGACUCGUCCAUCGGCUCGUCGCGGGUGAACGGGGAGCACAGGGAGAAGGUGCUGCAGAGGUGGGACGGAGGUGGAAAUGGAGAAAACUUCGAGCUGGAGUCGGACGCAUCAAACGGCUGGGACGCCAACGAGAUGUUCAAACUUAACGAGGAGGCGUACGGCAUCAAGUCCACGUACGACUCCAGCCUCUCCAUGUACACCAUGCCUUUGGAGAGGGGGAGCUCUGAUGUCUAUCGGCAGCGUGAAGCGCGAGCAGCUCGGCUGGCCAGCGAGAUCGAGGGCAGCCUUCAGUACCGCCGGCGCGUUUCUCUAGAGAACGACGAGGGCAGGAGCGAGGAGGAUAAGUACAGCUCCGUGGUUCGAGAGAGGGAGGAGCGGGCGAGUCCGGGAUUCUCCUCCACCGUCAGGGAUGGUAAAUACGUCCCCAGGACCAGAGAGAGGGCCGGGGUCUCUGGUCAAACUGCAACCUCCACCAGGCACCCCCCGCCCAGCUCCUCCUCACCCAAACCGCUCUCGGACCGGAGCAGCCCGCUGUCCGCCAGGCCCGCCCCCUCUCCUCACCCGCCACAGAGCAGCCCGCCCUCAGCCGCCAGCCCGCCCUGCUCCAAUCACAUUCUCCCACACUCCCUCUCACAUCCGCAGGCGCUGGCCCACACGAGCCGCUCG